AUGUCUUCGGACAGAAAGGAUGUUGCCAGCCAGUCGGGGUCUGAGGUCGCCCUGCCCGACCCGCCUCCCAUCCAUCCGUCUUUCAUCCAGGUCGCCAAACCGUACAUCUUCGAACAGACCAUCCAGAGAUGUAUCGCGACGAUGGGAGUCAACACCCUGCGCGAAGAAUCGCUGCGCCUGCAGGGCGUGACGUGGAUCGACAAUGUCCGCCGUGUGCUCUGUCUACCCAUACGGACCUUCAACACGGCCGUCGUGUAUUAUCAUCGAUUCCGACUUGUUCAUCCAGACAUCGAGUACAACCACAUGGAUGCCGCAGCCGCCGCGUUGUUCACGGCCUGCAAGAUCGAGGACACGCUCAAGAAGUCGCGCGAGAUCGUGUGCGCCGCGUACAAUUUAAAACUCGCGCCGUCGGAGCACGUCUCAUCCGACAACCCGGUCUUUGAGGCCCAUGCGCGCGGCAUUAUCGGGCUGGAGAGACUCAUGCUCGAGGCGUCGGGCUUUGACUUUCGCACACGCCACCCGCAAAAGACCCUGAUCAAACUGGCCCGCAAGUACGGGCUGGGCCAACAUUCGGAGGUUUCCAAGGUCGCCUAUCGCAUUGCCCAGGAUCUUUACCGCACGUUCGCGCCGAUCAAGCAGACUACCUCCACCAUGGCGUUUGCAUCUUUGGAACUCGCCGGUCGUCUAUUGGACCAGCGCAUUGAGGCUGUUGAACGAGGACUGGAUUAUAAGGCCUGGAGAACGAGUCGGGAAGAAGUAAUGGAAACUCUUUUUGACCUUCUCGAACUAUACACGCAUAACCGGGGCUCCACAUGCGUUGGGCCCCAAUUCCCCUCGGACACGUUCCUGAAGGUCAGGAUUCCCCUCAACCAAGAAGCAGAAGCCCAAGGCCUCCCUCGAUUCACCAACUGGACCAACGACCGUGCCCCCAAGGCCCCGAACGGCUUUAAGAUCACCGGCAGCAACAGCAACAAGCCCCCCGGUGCCACCGAGAACGGCGACUCGCGGAUCCAUCCACUCAUCCCUGUCGCCGCCAACGGAGAACGACCCAAGGCAGGCGAGAGAGGCCGCGACGGUGCGGUGCGGUUCAUGAUCGACCCCGAGUGCGCGAAUAACGAGAAAUCGCACGUGGCGCAGUUCUUCAAGGUCGAGAUGGAGGAGUACGAAGUUGAAGAAUGA